AUGCCUAAUAUAAAAGGAUCUAUCGAAAAUUUACGUCGUCAACUACGUUCAAUUCGAUUUAGUUAUGAUGUCAAUUUCCAAGGUAUGGUGUUGGGUCAGUCAUCUGCAUUUGUUGAAUUUUAUCGGCAUUUACUCUGUGAUUAUAAUGCAAAAGUCACCAGUUACCUAGUUGAACUUGGAUUUGGAAUGCUCGGCACAACAGACAGUAGAUUUAUGGAAGUGCUUUAUCGUAUUCUUCGAGAUCUUUUCUCUUAUCGACCAUCGAUAACAAUGGCACAAUUUUUUGUGACUGGAUUUGCAGAGCGUAAGAUUGAAAUGGCUACCACUGUUGCUUUACAUAUAGGAUCCUUAAUUAAACAUCAGGAUAAGAAUAGAAUACAUUCCAAUUAUCAUCAUCAACGACAACACGAGAGCCGUCAUCAUAAUGAUCAGCUGAAGGUUAAUUCAAACACACAAAUACCUUUAGCAUUGCCUGGAGUUUCAUUGCAUCGAUCAAUUGAGCGAAAUGUUGAAAAAUCACUUGUUUCAUUUAAUAAUAAUAACAAUAAUAAUGAUAAUAAUAUUGGAUUCUGUAGAAAAAUUGUACAUUCCAAUGAGAAAAAUCCUCUAAUGUAUAAUGAUUUGUCGAACGAAACCAAUUGUACUGUUUUAAAUGGUAAUAAAACAACUGUUCAAGGUAGAGAAUGUUCACAAGAACCCCAUAACUAUAGUAAUGAUCGUAAUGUAAAUGGUAAAGAAGCAAAGUUUUACAAGACAAAAACAGCAAAUGCUGAUCUUAAUUCACGUGAUCAACAUAACAAAUUCAAAAAUGAAUAUGCUCAGUAUGAACACAUUUAUCAUCCUUCUCAUUCAUUGGACAAUAACAAUCCACGACGUUGUUAUACAUCUCAUACACUAUAUGAAAAUUGCACAAAAGUAUCCGAUCAUAAAUUGACCGCUACUGCUACUACCGGAUCCGUCAGUACGAUGAAUGUAACUUCAAUGGUACCAAUAAGAUCACUUGACGCCCUAAGUGAUUUGAAACAACACUCAAAAGAGAAUUAUGAUACAUCAUCAUUUAAAGAUCACUAUAAUAAUACUAAUGAACAUUUAUUAAUCAGUGGUAAUGAUAUUCCCUCAGUGAUUAAUCAUCAGGAUAAUCAAUCUAGUUUAAUGAAUCAUGAAGAUCUUCGAAAUAUAAUGAAUUCAUUGUUCCAAUUAACCGGUAAAGUGAAUGGUAUGCUUACACGUAUAAAUAAAUUAGAGAGCAGACUAACAAAUGUUGAAACUGAUUGUUCGUUUAAUCAUCGUUCAAGAACAUAUAGUGGAAAUACUGUUGGUUCAAAUCAACAUCUCACGGAUUCAAUUGAUAUAUAUGGGAGUAGAAAUAUUGUCAAUCCUACUAGUUUACUUCAUGUUGUUACAGGAAAAUAUAGUAGUUAUUUGCCCAUGAACUCAACAAAUUCGCUUCUUGUCACAUCUAAUAGUGGCAGUUCUACGUCGGAUACGUUCAAUAAAACGAUUGGAACAAAAACAAAUACUACCACGAAUACUGUAAUGUCAUCGUUAACAGUGACGACGGCGACAACAACAACCAACUCUUACAGUGUUACAUCGUAUGCAGAUCGUCAUAUUCUAAAUCAUAAUAAUAAAUUAUCUGAAUCUUUCUUAUCAAAACCUAAAUAUUCGACAUCAACAAAAUUGGAUUUAGAAGAUAAUAACGAUUAUCACUAUUCAGUUGCUAGUAAUCAAGCUAUAAUGAAUAAAACAGAAAAUCAGAACGUGAAAAUUUCUAUAAAUGAUAAUCAUCAAUCUAUCAAAAAUGUUCCGAAUGCUUUUAAUUCAUUUCAUGAUUCAUAUAAAUUCAAUGAGAAUUGUUAUGACUUAUCAAGUCGGAAUGGAAUUUCGGAAUCCGUUCAUUCUAAAUAUGCUGACUCCUUGAAAACUAUCAAUCAUCGAUCAUCUAGAUUACUUGAUCUAAAUACUUGUUCACUGGUCGAUUUAGAUCUACAAUCUGAAAUUCAAUCCCCUUCAUUCGGUCGUAAUAAUUCGGCAUUACCUUAUUGCCCUAAAUCAUCUGCCGAAUAUUCUGUCAGACAUGACACAUCUAAUCCAUCUGAGAAUUCUUAUGGUCAGAAUAAAAUGAUGAUACCUUCGUUGCCAUUAAAUUCAUCACCUAAAUCUGUUGAAUCAAAGAUUCCAACCAAUCAGAAGUCAGAGGCUUCAUAUCGUGCUCAAGUGGAACGUAUAACCAAUAUGCUUGCCGAAACACAAAAUCUUCUUCAAGAGCAUCCUCCUGUUGUUAGAAUGAACGAAAUGCUUAACAGCAACAAUAAUAUCACAACCAAUGAUGAUAGUAAUAAUGCAGUUAUUUUAAAAGCAUAA